UCAGUGCGCGCAACAGUUCGACCAAUGCAACGCCAUCUGCCCCAUCAAAAUAUCCACCCAUCGUUUUCAACACGUGAUAUCUCCACCACCACGACAGCUCUCGCAAAAGCGAUUGCGGAAAUCGAUUCGCAAGAUGUGGAAGGUCAACUUACAUCCCGCGCAGCUCAAAAAAAUGGUGUUGAGCUCACAACAUUAACGCACCAGCACCAAAACAAAACUCAGUCGCGAACUGUAACGGCGCAGGUAAUGUCAAUCGGAUCUGUAUCGGACGAAGGAUCACUCAGGGGCAUAUGGGAGUGCGUGGGAUCACAAAAGACCUAG